GACUAUAUAUAGUAUUUUCUGAAGUGAUAAAAUGGUAAAUGCGAUUGGUUACAAUCGAGUCGGGCAGGAGAUGAGCCAUUCUUCAGCAAUUUAUCGUAAGAAUUGGAUCUCAUUAUUGAAUCGUUAUUUACGGCUUAGAUGAAUGCGCUAGAUUAAUCUGUGUCCUCAAGUGUCCAGAACUUGCUAUUAAAUCUGCAUACACGACGCUUGUCAUGUCCAGAGCCACAAGAUAAGGGGAGAGAGAGAGAAGGGAACUUGUGGAAUUCUAUAUAUAUAUAUAUAUAUACAAGGGGUGCCAUUCGGCAUUAAUGUGUUUGCUCGCAAAAAACAAAGACAACUUCAUUCGAGUUUUCGUAGGUUGUACGUGAAGAAUACUGGGACCAGAGUAGUGAGAAAAUGCAGGCUGUGAAGGACAAGCUGCAUGACAUGAGUGAGAUGCGCAAGGCCAAGGCCGAAGCAAAGGCCGAAGAGAAGGCCGAAAAAGAUAUAGCAAAAGCUAGAAUGGAGGUUGCUCAUGAGGUGAGACUGGCGAAAGAGGCCGAGGCUGCAAUGGGAUUGCAUGUGGCCAAGGCCGGGCAAAAGCUGGUAGAAAGGGAAGCAGCCAAGCAUGAGCCUAAGCAGCCCGAUGCAAGUGGCGUCGACCCCCGGCAGACCAGACUGGAAACAGCAGCGCCCCUGCUGUGCUGAUGCAUUCUGCAGAUCGAGCUCCAUUUACCCACUCUGCCCGACCAUUCGUCAACUAAUUAUAUAGUUGUUGUUCAAUUGUAUGUUGAAUCUCGUGAUUUGACAUGCACAUGAUUCAUGUUAGCGAUCAUUCUCGCCUCUUAUACAUGAAUAUUGUUGGUCAUGUUACACAUAUAUAAUCUAGAGUUGUUGUGAGGUUCAUUACAACUAUUAAAAAAAAAAAUUUAUAAUAUGAAUAUUCUUUUUUGUAUUAACUGAUCAUGAUGUGACGGGAAAAUAGAUUUCGAUUAUAAUCUACAGAAUACGUGAUUUGUGUA